AACAUCAUUUCGAAAAUAUAUUAAAAUGUCAUCAGAUGUGGGUGUGGGUAAUUUUUCCAGUCAGGAGAGUGCUUCUUGCUACGCAUGAAAAAAUUUCUAUUUACAACCAAAGUAUAUCACUAAUACAAAUACUUAGCCCAAAUAAAUAGUCAUUGUGUUUAUAUAGUUCUUGUCGUCAACUGGGUGAUCUCAUAUUAGUAUUCUGUUAUUUAAAUAUCUGUGUUAUAGUUAAUUUGUUCACUGUUUUAUUCUCUGUUAAAUCGGUUCUUUGUGCCUACAUCAUUCCACCCUCGGGGAUAAGUUUGGAUAGCCUACACUGGAAACUCCGUUGCUUGCUAAGUUGUCUACACGAGAAUUUCUGUCAGACGCAGUUUCAGCACCUUUAUUUCAAAAUCUUCACUGUUUCGAUAAUCAUGGGACUUGGUUUUAGUAUCCCUAUCGUUGAGACUUUAUCCUGAUUCAUCCUCGGUGCUUCACUUGUCAGCUGUGUGCGACGAAGUGGUUGACUGUAACUCUUUUCAAAGAGUUAACUCUUAAAGAUGCUGAGAAAGCGCUAUCAGCGGAUUUGGAUCUUCUUGUGAAUACUAUACCAAACUCACUUCCGUUAGAAAAAGAAAGUUUCCGCUUGCAGAUGGAGUCUUUCAAGGAACUGUUUAAGCGAUAUUUGCAUGACGCAUCAGCGACUUUUGACUGGAGUGAGAUAGAGCCUUUACCACCGAAAAGUAUGAAAAUGUACAAUGCCCUUCCUCUACCCGCGGAUCGCAAAGUAAUUUGUCAACAACUGAAUAAACUAGUUGUGGUGAAACUGAACGGUGGUUUGGGUACAACUAUGGGUUGUACUGGACCUAAGUCGUUAAUUUCCGUACGCAAUGAUCUCACUUUUCUGGAUUUAACUGUGCAACAAAUUGAGAGAUUAAAUAACGAAUAUGGUACGGAUAUCCCAUUAGUCCUAAUGAAUUCGUUUAACACUCAUACUGAGACGGAAAAAGUUUUACGGAAAUACCAGCAAGUCAAUGUACGAAUUUUAACAUUUUUGCAAAGCGCCUAUCCUCGUUUGAACCGAGAGUCUUUACUUCCUAUUGCCAAAUGUGCUUAUAAAAAACAAGGCGGGGAUUGUGAAAUAAGAAGAUCUACAGAUAUUAAUUAUCAACCUGAAGAAUGGUAUCCUCCCGGUCAUGGCGACUUCUACCGUAGUUUUGUUGCCUGUGGUUUAGCUGAAAAAAUGUUAGGUGAUGGUAAAGAAUGGGUUUUUCUGUCGAAUAUUGAUAAUCUUGGAGCAACUGUUGAUCUAAAUAUUCUGAAUUUCUUGAUGAACAAGGAACUGCACUGCGGUGGACAAUCUCCGGAGUUUGUCAUGGAAGUUACUGACAAGACCCGAGCUGACGUCAAAGGUGGUACUCUAACUCAAUAUCGAGGACACUUACGUCUUCUUGAAUUAGCUCAGGUCCCUGACGAUCAUGUCGAUGAUUUUGCUAGUGUUCGAACUUUCAAGAUAUUUAAUACUAAUAACCUGUGGGUUGACUUACGAGCUUUGGAUCGAAGUGUUAAGGAAAAGACACUCAAAAUGGAAAUCAUCGUAAAUCCUAAAACUUUAGAUUCUGGGACAAAUAUAUUGCAGCUGGAAGAAGCAGCCGGAGCUGCUAUUAAAUCAUUUAAUGGGGCUUUCGGAGUGAAUGUUCCACGGAGCCGUUUUCUUCCGGUUAAAACAACUUCAGACCUGCUGUUAGUCAUGUCUAAUCUGUAUGUACUUGAGGGAGGAACUCUGUCCGUUUCUCCACUACGUAGUUUCCCUUCUGUGCCUUUAAUUAAACUUGGUAGUCACUUCAAGAAGGUGAAAGAUUUUUUGACCAGAUUUGCAAGUAUUCCAGAUUUAUUGGAGCUCGAUCAUCUGACUGUAACAGGAGAUGUGUACUUCGGGAAAGGAAUAAUUUUAAAGGGAACCGUUAUCAUAAUCGCCAAUUUCGGCAAUCUCAUCAAUAUACCUCCAGGUUCAAUAUUAGAAAAUAAGAUUGUUUCAGGAAAUCUACGUAUCUUGGAUCACUAGUGGCCUUCACCAUAAUAAUAUACACCGAGUAAUACCCCGUGUCAAUCGAAGAUUUCUUAAUCAUGGGCAAUAAUACCAUUAGUUUUGGUCGUACACUUGCAAUAUUGGUAUCUCUAACGUUUUUUGUCUUUGAUUUUUUCUUCACUUAUAUUUGUUCGGUUUUCCUUUGUUUUCAUCUUAUCCUAACUUUCGGAUUCACAUCAUGCCAAAAAUUCCAAAGUUCGUCUUCAAAACUGACUUAGGCAUGUAAUAGUAUAUGUUGUACUCUUUUUCGAAACUGGUUUAUAUAAUAUUUAGCUUUUUAUAACCCUAUCAUGCUUCUUUGUAAGCUAAAAUAAAACUAGGCCAAUUG